AUGGCAGACUCGGUGAAUAACUCGGCGCCCAAGCCAAGCAGUAGCGUGAAGCUGGUACUACUUGGAGAAGCAGCAGUGGGCAAGACUGACAUAUGCUACCUCGUAAUAGCCGCCUUCCUCACCCAGAAGACCACACUUCCAAACCGCACAAUCAAAUUCGAAAUAUGGGACACAGCAGGCCAAGAACGAUUCGCUUCCCUAGCUCCAAUGUACUACCGUAAUGCUCAAGCUGCCCUAGUCGUCUACGACCUUACGAAACCCACCUCCCUUGUAAAAGCCAAGCACUGGGUAGCCGAGCUCCAACGGCAAGCGAGCCCAGGGAUCGUCAUAGCACUAGUCGGCAACAAAAUCGAUCUCACGAAUCAGAACACAGGAGCUGAAGGUGGUAGUGGCGAAGCAGAGUCCGGAGCAGCAGCAGCAGAGGGCGAGCCCAUUGAGGGUGAAGAAGUCGACGCGAGGAAGAUCAGCACGAAGGAAGGCAGGGAUUAUGCCGAAGAGGAGAGCUUGCUGUUCUUUGAGACGAGCGCCAAAAGCGGCGAUAAUGUACAGCAGGUCUUCGCCGCUAUUGCGAACGCAAUCCCUGAGACGCAGAUGAAGACGAGAGGGGGUCCCGGUGCAGGGACUGGACAGGGGGCUACUCAAGCGGCUUUAGGGGCUGAUCGGGUGAAUCUGAACAAUGCCAGGGAUGGACCAAAAGAAGGCUGUGCUUGUUAA